AUGCUGACUUAUCAAUGGCGCCCAGGACGGCCCAUUGACGACGAUGACGUGGUUGUCUUGCCGACCCCCGUUGACACCACCAUCAUUCCAGCACCAAUUGUUCACCCUUUGCCUAACCCAGGCCCCAAUCCUUUCGCCGUACCAGUUACAGCUGCACCGUCAGGAGCGGAUGUUGCACUACUAGAGGCAGCGCAGGAAGCGGAGGAGACGGAGCAGCACGAAAACGGAAGUCUGGGCGAAGAUGAGCAAGAAGCGCCACAGUAUGGUAACCAAGGAGCGGAGGAUGGUGAAAAUCAAGGAGGAAUUAUGGAGGGAAAUCAAGGAGCGGAGGUUAAUGAAAACCAAGGAGCGCCAUUGGAUGAAAAUCAAGGAGCGGAAAUAAACGAAAACCAAGGAGCGCCAUUGGAUGAAAUUCAAGGAGCAGAAACUGAUCAUGAAGCACACGACGAGAACGAUUUCGAUAACUUUGACUUAGACAACAGCCUGGAGCCGUUGGAGGAGGGUGAAGAAGAAAUCGUUUUUGUAGAAGAUUCCGACUCGGACUCUGAUACAGAAGACGAAAUCAAUGACAGAGACACUGACGAAGACGAGCUUGAUACUCCCAAAGAAGAACAAAGGAGGAGAUCACAACAUCUGAAGACACACACGGGGGGAAACUACGGUUUUGGGAAACGAGAGAAAAAGAAAACUGAGAAAGGCCAAGGGCUAUCAUUUUUACAGAUCCCUUUUGCAGAUCUUAAGAUCAGGCUCGUUUUCGCGCAGAUGUCUGCAAAACAAGGAAUAAAGAAGUAUGGGAAGGAAGCAGAACUCAAACUAAUCGAAGAGUUCAAACAACUUAUGGAAUUUAAUGUAUUCCAUGGGGUGAAGGCUGACAGCCUCACUGCCGAAGAAAAGAAAAUGUCCGCGAACAUGAUCAACAUAAUUGAAGAAAAGGUGAACAGAGGACACACACCGGAGAAUCCUAUUUUGAGAGCCAGAAGCGUGAUGGACGGAAGAGUACAGCGUGGGCUAUACUCAAAGGAAGAGACGGCAUCUCCGACGGUAUCACUUGACGCUUUCCUGUUGACAAGCAUUAUCGAUGUCAUUGAAAACAGAGACAAGGCAAUUACAGACGUAAAGGGAGCGUACUUACACGCCAAAAUGAAAGACAAGGUCAUUAUGAAAAUCACAGGACCGGAGGUGGAUAUUUUCUGCAACAUUGACAAAACUCUAAAGGAGUUCGUCGUCGAGGAGAGAGGAAAAAGGGUGUUAUGCGUUCAGUUGGACAAAGCUUUGUAUGGGUGUGUUCAAUCUGCUUUGCUAUGGUUUGAGUUGUACUCGGAAACUUUGAAAGGCAUGGGUUUCACUUUGAACCCAUAUGAUCUAUGCGUCGCGAAUGGAAUUUUUGAAGGAAAACAGUGCACCAUAUGCUGGUAUGUGGAUGACAACAAAAUCAGUCACGUAAACCCAAAAGUAGUCGAUGAUGUGAUCAAGAAAAUCGAAAGCAACUUUGGGCCCAUGUCACAGACGAGAGGGGACAAGCAUGAUUUUUUGGGCAUGGAACUCAAGUAUAAAAAAGGAAAAUUGACCAUAGGCAUGAAAAAACACAUUCUCAAAGCAAUAAACACUUUCGAUGAAGACAUUACUAGGAACGCAGCUUCACCAGCAAAGGGGUACCUAUUUGAUGUAAGGCCAGAUGCUCAGAAACUCGAUGAGAAGAAAGCCGACUGUUUUCACAGCGUGGUGCAAUCUUUACUAUACGUUUCAAGAAGAUGCAGACUUGAUAUACAGACUGCCAUCGGUUUUUUGUGUACCAGAGUUGAUUCGCCAGACGAAGACGACUGGGCAAAGUUAAAAAGACUAUUGCAAUACCUCAGAGGAACCAUCGAUCUAGUACGAACGUUAGGAGGAGAAGACAUCAAAAGGAUGAAAUCUUGGGUUGACGUCUCCUAUGGCAUCCAUGACGACUGCAAGAGCCAUACUGGCGGAUGCACUUCUUUCGGAUGGGGGGUCUUACUCACAAAAUGUCAAAAACAAAAGUUGAAUACUAAGAGCUCGACCGAAGCCGAAAUUGUCGGCGUGAGUGAUUUCUUACCAAAUAUGAUAUGGGCUCGAAUGUUCCUAGGCGAACAGGGACAUGAACUCAUGGUAAAUGUUCUAUUUCAAGAUAACCAGAGCGCGAUCAAAAUUGAACUAAAUGGCAAAAUGUCAAGCGGGCAAAAGACAAAGCACAUGGACAAUCGUUAUUUCUGGAUCAAGGAUCGUUUGAAGACGGAAGGUAUCGAAGUUCAAUAUUGUCCGACUGCAAAGAUGUUGGCGGAUUUCUUUACGAAACCCCUACAAGGCAACUUGUUCAGAAAAUUCCGAGAUGUGGUUCUAGGAUACAAACACAUUGAUUCCCUUUUCCAAACGGAGGAAUCAUCAUCACAGGAGCGUGUUGGAAGUCAUGAUGAAGGAUAG